AUGCCCGACGAAAUCGUGUCAUUGGAGAGCCGCGCCCGGGCCAUCGCCGCACUGAAGGACUUCUCGCUCGGGGACGUCCAAGAGACGAAGGGCAACUCCAAGGCGAACAAAGCGGAGGCUCAGUGCAAUGUCCCGGACCUCGCAUCCUUGACCCCCGCUCACCGUGAAAUCCUGCCGAACAUCAACAUGCACCGCGGCAAAUUCCAACAUGUUCGGCAAACGAACAACUUCUGUCUCCGGUGCAAAGGGUAUUUGAGCACGAAGAAGUCGGGCCACUACAAGUUCUACACCGCCUCCGACGACGGCUCUCUCCUGUACCUGAAUGGGGCUAAGGUCGUCGACAACAACGGCUGCCACGGUGAACAGGAGAAGUCAAGCGAGGACAAGUACCUUUCGGCGGGUAUCUACGAGCUGGUGGUAGAAAUGUGCGAGAUGGGUGGCGGUGAGGCUCUCAAGGUGCGCUACGAGGGACCAGAUACCGGUGGCUCCAAGGUCACGGUGCCCGCAUCUGCUCUCAAACACGAACACAAGCGCUUGGCAGAAGGCUUGGAGUGCGACUACUUCUACGACCAGGCUCAGUGCUAUGUUCCGGACCUUGGAGGUCUGACUCCCUCGCACACCGCCAUUCUGCCGAACAUCUACAUGCACAGUGGCAAGUUCCCGCAUGUUACGCAAGGCAACAACUUCUGCAUCAGGUGCAGCGGCUAUCUGAGCACCCAGAAC